AUGAUUUUCCUUCGUCAUCAUCUGGAUGAAGGAUUGAAGGUUGAAUACCUUACGGUGAAAGAUCCACUUGAAUUGUGGAUUGGUUUGAAGGAAAGGUAUGACCACCUUAAGGCAACGGUAUUGCCAAGGGCUCGUUAUGAAUGGAUUCACUUGCGGUUACAAGAUUUUAAAACUAUAUGUGAAUAUAAUUCUGUUGUAUACAAAAUUACUUCCCAAUUAAAAUUAUGUGGGGAAGUUAUAAAAGAUGAGGACAUGUUGGAAAAGACUCUCACAACUUUUCAUACCUCAAAUUUGGUAUUACAGCAGCAAUACCGUGAAAGGGGAUUCAAAAAGUAUUCUGAGUUGAUCUCAUGCCUUCUUGUGGCUGAGCAACAUAAUACUCUUUUAUUGAAAAAUCAUAAGGCCCAUCCCACGGGAACUACUCCGUUACCGGAAGCAAAUGAGGUUGAAGCACAUGGCCAGUCUGAAAGAAGAUAA